GACUCAGAAUCCAUCUCACGUGCGACUUGUUCUUCCGUAUACAACGACCGUAGGGGCGCGAAUUACACAGGUGCAGUCGCCGGUCCGAAAUGGCCACGUUGGGUCGCGUCGGCGGUUUCCAUUGCCCUUAUCGCCGGUAUCGCAUCCGUCUUUGCCGGAGCAGUACCGCCAGAGUCGAGACUUCAGACCAACCGCGCUGCUUGGCGGAGAGUAUAGCUACCUGAUGUGACUAUGUUCAAUAUGCGCAAGACCCUAGAACGGUAGCAGCUUCCUCCAAUCGACAGAUGUCCGUCGUCGUGGAGCAACAAACUGGCGGAGGUGGUGUCACGAAGCGUGUCCGUGUCGGUGAGCGUACUCUACUCGCUUGUAUAGGGUGCAAGCAGCGGAAACUCAAAUGCGACGGUCAGACACCCAAAUGCCAGAACUGUAUCAGAACGGACCGAGACUGCUUAGUCGAAGACCCAGCGACUGGCAUACACAGGCCUCGUAACUACAUCCAGUCUCUGGAGGCUCAUGUUGCGUACUUGGAGCGUCUGCUGCAAGAAGUGCGUCCGGAUGUUGCGCUGGAUCACCUCGCAAAUGUACAAGAAUCACGCCAUCCGUCUGCAUCGCCUCCAGCGCAACCACCUGCUCCACUUGGCAGCACACUUGGUUUUCACAAAGAGCCCGCCGAAGUCACUCAAGCACCGCCUGCGACAGGCGUGGAAUCGAGCGUUGACGACCUCUCCUCUGAGGUAGCCUUGCUCUGCAUAUCCGCCGCCGGACGUGAACCACACUAUUUCGGGCCCUCGUCUGCGCUUUCCUUCUCCCGCAUCGCCAGCCAAACGAUGGGCCUUCGCCAGCGGAGUGCGAGCUUCCGAUCAAGUGCACCUUCAAGCUUGGCUGAGCCGGUCACUCGUCCCAGACGCCCCUCUCAACUACGCUUUCCGCCCCAGGAGACUGCGGCGAAGCUCUCAAGGGCGUACUUUGAUAACAUCCACCCUCAGUACCCGUUCCUGCAUGCCCCUACCUUCCAACAUUGGGAAGAGGAAUGCGUAGCUGCACAACAGAACAACGACUUUACGUCCGUUAGCCAGGUGUCCCUGUUUUUCGUGCUGAUGGUGUACGCAAUUGGUUCGCUUGCUUUCGGGCCUGGUCAGUACGACGCUGCAGAUGAGUACUAUGCAACGGCACUUGAGCACAUUGCACCUGUACUGGACGUGGACGGCAUCGAAUCGAUACAGAGCAUCCUCUGCUGUGCAGUGUACUCGAUCAGAUCGCCGGUAGGUGCAAGCCUCUGGAAGGUAUCAGGUAUGGCUAUCCGUCACUGCGUGGAGCUCGGCUACCACCGGAGCGCAGAAAAGUACCGCAGGACUGCAGAUCCGCUCAUGAAGGAGAUGUCCAAGCGCUGCUUCUGGGUGGCUUACGAUAUCGACAGAGUCGCAGCCUGUGUUCUCGGCCGGCCGGCCGGUAUUCCUGAUCAUAUGAUCGAUGCAGAGCUCCCGGCUGAUAUCGACGAUGAACACGUCACAACGUCUGGCUUCCUCGAACGCCCCCGAACUGCAGCUAAUGAGCCAUUGACGAGCAUGUCUGGAGCUAUCCAUGGCAUCAAGCUACGGCGCUUGUGGUCGAAGUUCAGUGCACAGAUAUACCUUCCCACAGCAUGGCGCCAGCACAGUGAUUCAAUGGCUAAUCUAUCCGUCGAGUCAUUGAGAAAAGAGCUCGAGGACUGGCACGCAACCAUACCGACGCCACCGCACGACGGCAGGCCUCAGCCCCUAUCAGUGUUCGCAUCACGAGAGUGGUUUCUGCUUGCAUACUAUCACUCCAUUCUGCUACUGUAUCGACCGUACAUACUGGCCCCUGCUAGCGUUUUCCACGAUCACUGGUUACAAGAUUCUGCGGACGGGGGAAUUGUGGAAAGGGCUUUCGAGGAAUGCUUCGCCAAGGCUCGAGACAUGUGCUUGCACUACAGGCGACUGUACCAGAGUCCUUCCAUUCAGUUCACCUGGGGCAGCCUGCACAUCCUCUUCCUUGGCGGUCUUACCUAUCUCUACUGCCUCUGGCGGUCUAAUAGCGUGCGCCAGAACGCUCGGCAGUCUGACGUCGUCAACACAUGCAUGGCCUGCAGCACCGUCCUCAUCAUCAUCGGCGAGAGGUGGAAGAUGGCAACGUCAUACCGUGAUAUCUUCGGUGUGCUGUCCGAGAGAACAAUAAGCAUGAUGUGCGGUGAAGUGCCACAGCCGACAGGUAACACUGUUGCACGCGACGACAAUCUGGUCUGGCAGGCAGCUGUAAACGAGCAAGAUCCUAUGGAAGAGUGGCUGGCUUCAAUCGACGGUCUUGGGAAUCCCGAAUCGCAAUGGAUGUUGCAGCAACUGAUGACAAAUGAGCCAAUACUGGACAGCGAUGCCAAUUUGAGAGCUAUAUUCCCUGAACCGAAUGACCUGAGUAGCCGGGGGUUUCCAGCUUCGCAAAUCUGGCAGUGAGCGCCGUGCUAUCUGAUGCAGAAUCACAA